CGCUGAAAGUCUUGCAUACUUAAAUAUCCACCUUUACUUUAGUUCACUCUCGUUACUUCUAAGAGCAAGCAAAAUAUUUUGUGAAAUUGUUUCUUUUCAUCAGUUUUUGUACUAAAAAAAUAUGGAAGGUAUUCUAGCCGAGCGAAGACGGGAAAAUCUGUGGCGCCGGGCUGACAAUCAACGCCACUUGAACGCGCUCCAAGACCAGCUUAAGGUUCUUAAUGACCUAAUGGUUUUAUCGGAAGAGGAAGACAAACUCAGAUCGGAUGUUUUGGCUGAUAUUCGCGACACAAAAAUUCUAUUAGGGAUAGAACCAGCCCCACCGAUUCCAAUUGAGGAUCCGGAAUCUGAUAACUCGCAACGCCGACCACGAGAGCAAUUGUAUCCACCCCCGUACCGCGAGCUUCCUAGCGCCAGAGAAGGGACAACGGUGCAAAACAUUGCCCUAAAGUUAGGUGCAUCGGCCCUAGUGGGGUCCAUGGUAGGUUCCGCAGUUGGGUCGCGGUGGGGUGAGGUUGGAGCCGGUCUUGGUGCAGGCGUGGGCGGGCUAGUUGGGACCACAGGUUUUGCCAUCUUUUUGGCAUGCAAAAAGGUUGCGUGCCAACCUCCUCCGGAAACAACUGGAUCAUCUGUCUAAUUUAAAUAUUUGUGGAUUCAACUACUUUUACUCAAUUCAUUCAAAAUUUUGCUACAAUGUAGUCCGAUAUAUUGUUACUAAUUAGUAUAAAAAAUAAUUUUGAAAUAUCAACCUGUUCUUGGGAAAAUUGUACUCGAGUUUGAGAUUAAAAAUCGUAGCAUUAAAUAAGUUACAUACUGUAUGAUAAGUUAUCAUUGAUAACCAAUCUGAACAUAAAUUCAUAUAAUGUCUUUAUUA